AUGUAUGUAGGUGUACGAGAUUAUAUUCAUGUUGUUGAUUUGGCUAAAGGUCAUAUAGCAGCAAUGAAGAAGUUUAAAGAUAAAUGUGGUCUUCAAAUAUAUAGCCUUGGUACCGGUAAAGGUUAUUCAGUGUUAGAGAUGAUUAAAGCAUUAGAAAAAGCAUCAGGAAAAACUAUUGCUUAUAAGAAUUGCCCUCGACGUUCAGGUGAUCUUGCUUCUGUUUAUGCUGAUUGUAGUUUAGCUGCUAAAGAACUUGGAUGGACAGCUCAACGAGGUUUAGAUGAUAUGUGUCAAGACUUAUGGCGAUGGCAAUCAAAUAAUCCAAAUGGCUUUCAAUAG